AUGGCGAAGGCAUGCAUUAUCUGUGGCAGUGGCGAGGCGAGCGGCGAGAAACUCGUCCCAGCCCCGUGUCAGCAUCACUGGGUUUGCAUAGACGAUGUGGGUAGCUUCUUCCAGCGCGCUACCGAGAACGAGAGCCUAUAUCCACCCAAGUGCUGCGGCCAAAUCUUCCUACUCGACAUGUAUGAUACUUUUGUACCUUUCGACGUGCAGUGGGCCUAUCAGUUGAAGGUGCAGGGAGAGUACUCUGUAAUGGCGAAAUAUCGUGUCUACUGCGCCAGCCCGACUUGCUCAAAGUUCCUUAGUCCCUCCGUACAUGUGAAAGAUGCGUCUGCCAGCAUCACCUACGCUGUAUGUCAGGAACAUGCUUGCGGCAAGCUGACGUGCACGUCGUGCAAGAAGUUGUUAGAUAGCGUUGAGGGUCACGCUUGCGAGCAGGACGAAGACUAUAAGAAGUUCAAGCAAACAGCUACAGAGAAAGGUUUCCAGGAGUGCCCCACCUGUGCCUCUACCGUUGAGCUGGCAGAAGCGUGCAACCACAUCACGUGCGCAUGUGGAGCCGAUUUCUGCUACAUCUGCGGCAAACCGUGGCAAGACGUACACGGCUGUCCACAUUACGGCCCCGCAAUCUACGACGAAGAGGGCUACAAUCAAGACGGCUAUCACCGCAUCACAGGUCUUAAUCGCGAAGGCCGCACACGUCGUGAGCAGCGUCGGAUCAACCAAGCUGAGGGCAAUGAUAGCGAUGGGGAAGACGAUGGAGAAGAACAGGAAGAUGCUCAAUUGAACCACACCGAGUGGGAGAUCUUGCAGCACGUUGACCCCAAUGUUCGCGCGACAUUUGUAGCGCUUCCUCACGGAGAUCGCGAGAUGUUUCUGGUCAACCUCCAGAUCCAAUUGUUCGAGGAACGUGGCAUCACGUUUGCAAAUCCGGAAGCUGACGGCGAAGAAGAUGACGGCGAUGGAGAGGAAAAUGACGAUCGCGAUGACGACCCCGAUGAAGAAGGCAAUGAUACUGUGCAGAUCGAGAACAUCGAACAAGAGGCAGAUCUAGCUGCUCAAGACGAAGAUCCGGUCGAAGUCCAGACUGGAGCAGAUGUCGAUUUCGAGACUGCUAGUAUUGCCCUGGCCGAGGCGACGCAGAAUUUGGAGGACUCGACAAGAGGGCAAUCCCCCGAAGAUCCCGCAGAGAAUGAAGUGGCUGUCAGUCAGUACACUUCGGACAUCAGCGAAGAAAACGGCGCAAGCGAAGACGAAGGGGAAGCCGGAGUCAGAACUGCGAAUCUUGCAGGAUUGAGCGUUGUGCUCCAAAGAAUGCUGGUUGACUUCGCCCGUGAAGCCGUUCCACUUGAAAUCGUCCGUGAGGCUCUCGAAGUGCUUGACGCCGAUCUUCCUGGUAACGCACAACUCGCCAGCUUUCGGUGGCUACUCUCGCGUGUCAACCAAUCCUUGAAUCGGCACAACCCAGAGCAAGAUCAGAACCAUGGCUCUUCUUCAGCGGCCAUUCAGGACGAGGAUGAGCCAACGACUUCAAUGGACAUAGAGCCGGCGACUGAGGGUGGCGAAGAGGAGCGCCCGGGCUGGAAAGGGCCACCGGGAGGAUGGCCAGAUAACGAAGAGUUGUAG